AUGUACAACGGACAAGUUGUUUGUGAAGAUGGUGGGAAAAGCGGCGCCCAUGACGUUGUAAGUUUACUGUGCAUACAUAAUAAAUGCGGCGCUUAAAUUUCUUUACAAUUUGUCACGGAAAUAUAUAUUACAAUUUGUGUAAGCUUCAGGUCGCGCUUUGCAGUAGCAGCCGAGAUAUUCAAUGGUCUUUGCCGACGAGAGAUUUUUGCCAUACUUUUGUUCGUUUUGAUUUCAGAAAAUAACGUUGUGGAAAGGCAACAACGGGCAGAAUAACUCUUUGAACUCGGAUGACUUGUUGGGGGUGGUUUUCCCAGACGAAUCUGGCAACUUUACAAUCAUGGAGAAUGUUCUUGGUUUGGGAAGGCGCAAGCCGUUUUUUGAAAUGUAAUGAAUUAUUACUGAGAAAAAGUUAUGCCUAUAACUCUUGCUUUUAGUUCAUAUUUUACUUUUUUUAGAAUCCAUUCAUGCGGCGGGAUCUGUCGUAAAUAUCGACCAGUCGAGAUCGGAGAUGACGUAAUCAACCUUCUCCACCAAGGAACGCCAUGUUAA